GGGGCAGAGGAGGGGGGCUCCCUCCCCCUCCCAUCCUCUCCCCACUGCUUUCUCUUCUUUCUGCUUCAACAACCACCAGGCGCCUUUUAGAUCAGCCCUGCAGUCAACGUUGAUGCUUGGACAGCCUGACCUCCCCGCUGACCUCCAGCCCGGGACCACCGCUGGGAGUUGAAGUCUGUGGGGCCCUGGGCGGCGGGCUGCACAGGCACCUCCUCUGAUGCCCAAUCUCUCCUCGUUUACGAGGCAGCUGCCAGCUACCCUCCCUGACUCCCCAAGAAUUUGAGCCUUUUUAAUAUGUGUCGAUAAUGCCAUGAGCUACUAUUUAACUUUUCCACGAGGACCCAUCUCCCGAAAUGCAGUGGUUUUCAGCCUUGGCUGCACUAGAGAGCCCCCAGGGAAGGGAGAGAAGUCUCUUCCUCUCUCCCUCUCCGUCUCCCUUUGGGGUGAUGCCCGAUGAGCUCAGAUGCGCAGAUGGCCUCCCCAUCCCCUCUCUGUGCCUUGCAUGGCGGCUGGGCCUUCUCGCUGUGGCCCGGGCACGGCCUUGACAUUCAGACAUCGGGUCCUGCAUGGACACUUGUGUUUGGUCCAUACCGCGUGUGGCUGCAGUCUGUGCUUCUCCCGUUUCGCAUCUUCAGUAGAUGGGGGCUGUGCAUGAGCCCUUCAUCCUCCCCGCAGACACCACUGGUGCUCACUCGGCCUUGCGGGGGAUGCGGGGGAGCACGGAGGACAGUCCUGGGUCCCCAUCUUCUUGGGCUGCACACAGGCCACUUUGGUCCUGUGGUGGCUGGGGGCUCCCAGGAGAACCCCACCGCAGAACCGGAGAGGUGGCCCCGGAGAAGGGGGCGUACGCCUGGGGCCGGGCCUCACCAGAGAGCCAUGGGCCACCUGCAGCAACAGGUGUCUCACCGUCCAGGGACUGGGUGUUUGGGCGCCGUGGGGAUGAGCUGCUGUCUGCAUGGCAGCCGAGUUUGUAUUGUUGAGCCCGGGGAGGCCCCUUGGUGACUCCUGGAGAGCCUGGCCGCAUUUCUUCCUGCCCUUGGCCUUAGAGCCCAUCACGGUUCAUGCCCUUUCUGGUUCCAAAAGGACCUGUGUUUAUAAAGACCACGUGUUAGGACAGCACCAAAGUGUCUAGCGGGAUUGGCUGUGCCUGCUAGUGGCCUGAGAGCCCUGCCCGCCUGCAGAGACUUGGCCCGGGGCCCGCGGGGAGGGCGUGGCCCACGGUCCCCAGCGCCUUCCGUCUCUGGGUUCCAGGAGAACUGCGUGAUCCUCAGGGAGCUGGUGAGGCUGCAGGCCCUGAAGUCCCACCUGCUGGGGUUCCGCACGCAUGCCGACUCCGUGCUGGAGAUGAACAUGGACAAGACCAGCCAGGUGGUGGCCACUGUCCUAGGUGAGCUGACCCAGAAGCUGAAGCCCCUCGGGGAGCCAGGAGCAGUGGCCGUGAUCCUGGAGCUAAAGAAGGCCGAGUGCCAGAGGCGGGGCCUGCACUUUGACAGGGCCCAGCAACGCCUGGGACCUGCGCUACUACAUGAACCAGGGGGAGGAGACGCGCUACCACGUGGACCAGUGCCUGCUCAACGGCCUGCUUCAGCCUGCAGCCGGUUUGCCUGCAGCAGGAUGGGAGCCACCAGAUCGCCAUCGCGGCCACGGUGGCCAAGUUCACCAAGCCCACGCGACCCGCCCUCCCUGCUGCAGCACAAUGAGCUGGAGACCUACUUCCACGAGUUCCGGCACGCGAUGCACCAGCUCUGCUCCCAGGGUCAGCUUCCAUGUCAAACCCCACGCACUGGUGCGUAAACAAUGGAAAUGUAUGUCCUCGAGGCUCUGGAGGCUGGAAGACCCAGAUCAAGGUGUCAGGGCUAGUUCCCUACAUGUUAAAUACAUGUACUCAAGAGUUACCUUUAAAAAAGACAAAAGAAAGGAACGUUGCCUGCAAGUCUGGUGACAGCCGGUGAUGAGAACCAGAGGGAAGGCUCUGGGGCCAGGAGCACCGCACCCUGUGAGGCCCUGGGGCUGCUGCCAGUCUCGAUGGAGGCUCAGCAAGUCCCAGUGACUUCCCCACAGGGGGCCCCCAGCUGAGCGGCCAGGCCCAGGACCCACUGCUCUCUCAGUCUUCCUGCGGUCAGCCCCUCGUCCCGAGAGCGAUGUUCUCACAGGCUGCACCGGAGCGCGUGGGGACAGUUUACUGAGCUGUGCAGCCGUCACUACUGCCGUGUUUUGGACCAUUUCCAUCACCCCAAAAAUGUCCCUCACGCCCUUAGCUAUCACUCCUUCCCCUCGGCAGCCCCUGACAACCAGGAACCCACUCUCUGACUCUGUGGAUCUACCUGUUCUGGACGUUUCCCAUCAGUGGAGUCACACCCCUGUGUGUCCUUCUGUGUCUGGCUUCUCUCGCUGAGCAUCGUGUUCUCAAGGUCCAUCCACAUGGCAGCGAGUGUCAGGGCUUCACCCCUCUGCGUGGCUGAGGGACGUCCCCGUGUGUGGAGGGACCUCUUAUUACUAGUAUGUUUAUGAGCAGAAGGCUUUGACUUUGAAGUUCAGUCUAUUAACUGUUUUCUUGCACCUUUUGUGUCCUAUGGAAAAACUCCUUCUCUAACCCGGGGCACUAAGAGUUUCUUCUAAAUUUUCUGC